AUGUGUUGUGGAUCUAAGACUUCAAAAUGGUCCAAAAUCUUUGUUUUAGUAUCAAUAGUUCAAGCGAUAAUAACAGUAAUUCUUGAAACCCUAAUACUCGUUCGAAAUGAAAAUUUACGACAAGAUCUAUUACAUAAAUCAGCCAGAACAACCAAUUCAACUUCCAUACCAUCCAGUUCAAACUCAUCAAGCUCAUCAUACAUUUACCAUUUUCCCGAAAUGGCAAAUGCUAGAUGUAAUGCUAGUUUGGUGAAUUCAUUAGAUGAUCGAAUUGAAAGAAUCGAAUCAGAAAAUGUUAUUUUUAUAUUUUUUCAAUUGUUUCAAAUUUGGUUGAAUCUUGAUGCGAUCCAAUUAGCCGAAAUAUUAAUUUGGAGAGGAAGACUUGAAAACGCGUGUGAAUUAUCUUCUUUAAAUUUACAUUUUGUAUCUUCUGAUGUACCGUUUAUUAUUGCUUAUAUGCUUUUUGCUACUCUCAUGGGAUUCCUUUGUUAUCAUUUAUAUCGAGAAUUUGGGUGGAAUAUUUAUAGAACGAUUGGGGGUGACAUCAUAAUGCAGAAUGUACAGAACGUAUCUGAUAUUUGUACUAUUUCUAAAGAUUGA